AUGCCCACCUUCUUUGGCCAACUCCGGAGCCAGCUCAGCCCCCUCCUCCCGCGGCGGCGGCCACUGCAAAGCCCCGCCGCUCGCCCUGCACCGAGGCAGCGCGGAGCGAGCGGUCGCCCGGCCCUCGCCACCCCCGGCGCCGCGGCCGCCGGCGAGCCCCGAGCUCAGCGUCGCUCCAACCUCCCCUGCCGGCGCGGCCGGCCCCGCUCGGGCCUCCCCCCCCGCGGCCCGCGGCCCCUCUCAAACCCCCUGGGCUCGCGACGGCUGCUCCGGGAGGAAAGACUGGCCGCGGCUGGGACCCGGGCGGCGCGGCUGCGAGCGGGGAGGCGGCGACGGCGGCGGAGGGGCGCCCGGUACGGUGAGCCCAGCAACGAGGCGCGGGCGGGCGCGCAGAGACGCCGGGUCCUCGCGGAGCGCGGCCGGGGCGCGGCGGCGGCGGUGGUGGUGGCGGCGGCAGCGGGAGCCCAGGGACCGCUCCAUCACUGGCAGCCAUGGAGCCCGAGCAUUUUCGUCCCUCGGGGCAGGCGCUCGGCUCGGCACACGUCCUCGGGGAGGAAGAGGGCGCCGGCGCCCGGGCUGCUCCGGCGGGCGGCGGGACGUGCGCGGGAGCGGAGGGGCGAGCUCGCGUCCUCUUCUCAGCCCGCCGGCUGCCUCGGCACCGUGCUGCUCCCGCGGCCGGGAGGGAGGGGGGCCGCGGGCGGCGGCGGCGGCGGUGGCUCCUUUCGCGGUGGUGGCGGCGGCGGCCAGACGGGGCUGGUGCAGCGACUGCAGCCGACGCCGUUCAAAGAAAUGAGAGGCACUGCAGAAAGCUCUUGGCUGAGGAACAACAGAAAGAAUUUCACUACCCAAAAGGGAAAAUCUGCUAUCUCUUGUGCGUCCCCAGCGAAAACAUCAUGUGAACUCUGGCUGCUAACAGCCCCUCCCGCCGCGGGCUGGUUCAACUGCAGAAGGCCCCAUAUAGGCCAGGCUGGCCGUGAAACCCCUGUGUGGUGGAGACAACUGACUUUCUUCUGCCUUUCUCUUGCUGUCACCUCCCGAGUGCUGAUACCACAUAGUGUACCACUGUGCCCAGUUUAUGACGUGCUGGGGAUUGAAUUUACGGCUUCCCACACUCCCGACAGUCACUCUGCCAGUGAAGCUACCCCCCAAGCUGGGCUUUUUUCCUAAUGUUUCCAUGGAUGGAGAGAAGGACAUAGUCAUAUCCUCUGCUAGUCACAUCUCUCCAGCUUUAGGUUCUCCUUCAUGUAGCAAUGCAGGUCUUACAAUUGCUCAGAAAACGCUGUCUCGCAACAGACUGGAAUGGGAGAGGCGGGGACAGAGGUUUCUGUGGAACAUUUUGCCAGUGGGAAACAGAGGCCAGAAAGAAGAACCAAUUUCCUAUAUCAGGGCUGACAUGUGACUCUCAGUCAAGAUGUUACUGUCCUAGGUCACACUGUGGCAUCACUUGCUCUUUCUACCUUUGACCAAGAUUUGAGUGACUGAUCUCAUAUGACCUUCAUGAGAAAGAAGGAAGCAUAGAAAAAAAAAAGACAUCACACUAGCACCUCUCUGUGUGUGCUGACCUACUGGGUUCACAUAGAUCUGGGAAGAAACAGAACAUUUCAGAGACACUAGAAGCACAGAAACUCAGUGCCAUUUGCCUGUGAGACACCAGGAAGAGCUAAAACCGGAAAACCUCGAAAGAACAGAGCAUUCACACCGAAAGAAAAGGUUCAGAAAUCAGAGAGGUUGCAGAAAAACACAAGCUGACAAGAAAGAUGCCCCAGGUAUGUAAGCAGAAGGCUCCAGGAGAGUCUCAUGCGUAAUUUAACAAGUAGUCUCCUUGUUGUAACUGGAGUGACUGUCUUUGGCACCUGUGGAUGGUUAAAGUUGGCUUCAUACUGUAGCCGAAGAAAGAAGUCAGAGAAAACUAGAGAAAUUAGUUCAACCUACUUACCAACAAGUUCAAGCGUUGCUCAUGCUUUUCCGAGAGCACAACAUACCAGUGUUCAGUGUGCACCAUCCACUUUCUAAUCAGACCCGCAUACAUCUUUGUGUCUCGUCACUAGCAGGCAGCUCGUCUCCCAGCUGUCACUCAAGUAUAGUGUAAAUUACUCCAUUUGGUGGCCGAUGAGAGCAGCUUCCAUGGAGGUCCUGCGGGUGGAGAACUGGGGAGAUGGCUCUGCGGGUGAAGGCACCAGCUGUAUGUGGGGAAGCACUGAGUUUCAUCAUUGCUGCGCCUGCUGGCCUGGAGUGUGCAGGGCACCCCAGACACAGCAGAGACCCUGCCUUGGCGAGGGGGAAGGUGAGACUGCCUCACAGAAGUUAUCACUUCCUCGAAGAUACUUACUCCCGUCUUUCUCUCCUCCCCACGCCCAGGUUAAUUAACUCAUUUAAAUGAGCAUCUUGUGGAUGGAAAUGUGGCUGUUGCUGUACUUGUCGUUUGGUCAGGUUCCGUGUCAAGCUUCGUACCCAGGAGGUAAUAGUUCUCUGCUCUGCAAGAAGGAUGGACACAAAGGAAAUUUUUAAAAUGAAAGGACUGAAUAUUUCACUUCCACUGUAAAUCUGCGGGCUUGACUAUGGACUGCUCUGGGUAGAGGACAUGUAUCCACCAAAGGCUGACAGACCAAAAAACAUAAAUGAAAGCGUGUAUAAUAAUCCUGGACGCCAUAUGGUUCCAUUUUGCUCUGGUUUAACAGAAAUUGAGAGGUAAAGCCAGCUCUAUACUUGCCUUAAUCAGGAUGACUAUUGCUGUGUUGAAACACCAUUACCAAAAGCAGCUUGGGGAGGAAAGGGUUUAAUGGCUUACACCUUUACAUCAGUGUUCAUCAUUGAAGGAAGUUGGGAUAGGGACUCAACAAGGCAGGACCCUGGGGGCAGGAGCUGAUGAAGAGGCCAUGGAGCAUUGCUGCUUACUGGCAUGCUCCUCAAGACUUAGCCAGACAGGGCUGGUCCCACAGUGGGCUGGGCCCUCCCCAUCAAUCACUAAUUAAGAAAAUGCCCUAGAGACUUGCCUACACCUGAGAGAGAGAGAGAGAGAGAGAGAGAGAGAGAGAGAGAGAGAGAGAGAGAGAGAGAGAGAGAGUAUAACAACAGCCAAAGAUUUUUAAAACUCAAUUUAAGCAGAAAGUAUUUCAUAGUCAACAGAUUCAGAAUAAGAGGGACAAUGAAUGGAGACAAUUGUCCUCAAGUAGAAGGCUCAUUCCUGGCAUAUUGUUCAUGUGGGGAUAGAGAUGACACACUCAUUGUCUCUGUUCAUUUUCUGUUGCUGAGUAACUGAGUACCACAUGUAGGUAAUUUAUCAAGAAUGGAGUUUUAUUUAGAACCCCUAGACGCCGGGAAAUGCAGGAGCAUAGUGCCAACCCCUGUGUAGCACCCGAAGAUAACCUUCUUGCUGGUAGCGGACCGUGCAGAGUUCCAAGGUUGCCACCUUGGAACAGACGUGGUGAGACAGAACAAGCUCGCUACUUCUGCUUCUUUUUCUCAUUUUACUUUUUAUAACAUUGUUAAUUCAAUCAUGAGUCCCCCUCAUGACGUCAUCCAUACUUAAUUGCCUCCCCAGGGCACACCACCAAAUGCUAUUCACAGAUGAUUGUCAAGCUGCUUGCAAACUGUGUACAGAGCUUCCUGAGAUGUCAACUGUAUUAGGACAGGCUUUUCAGUGACACAGCUGCUUGAGUCAUCCCUGCUCCUCUAAGUACCCCUUAUCCACACUCCUGUUGGCGACCUCAAUAAAAACUCAUUGGUUCACCAAGCUGGAGUUUGGUGCAGUUAUUACUUGGGUCUGUCCUUGUGCUGGAUGGUUUUGGGUCAAUUUGACACAAACUAAAGUCAACUGAGAAAAUGCCUCCAUAAGAUCUGGCUGCAGAAAAGCCUAUAGGGCAUUUUCUUAAUGAGUAAUCGAUGGGGGAGGGCCCAGACUAUUGUGGGUGGGGCCAUCCCAGGGCUGGUGGUCCUCGUCUCUAUAAGAAAACAGAUUGAGCAAGACACAGGGGCAACCCAGUGAGCAGCACCACUCUGUGGCCUCUGCAUCAGCUCCUGCCCUGUUUAAGGUCCUGUCCUGGCCACAUUCAAUGAUGAAGAGCAGUAUGGAAGUGUAAGCCAAAUACACCCUUUCCUCCCCAAGCUGCUUAUGUAUGUCAUGGUGUUUCAUCAUAGCAAUAGUAACCCUCAUUAAGACAGUUCUAGUUUCCUUUUCUGGGUUGAAUAUGUGUAUAUAUGUAUGGCAUCACCCCAAGAGAAGUCUGUCACAUGACACCCAUACACAUAUGCUCAUCUGUGUCUACUAAUAUUUACAUUAGUAAUUCAAACACACACACACACACACACUGUGGAGAAUACUUACCAAUGUCUGGUCACAUUCUGGGUUGUCACAACUCAUAGGAAGAGUGCUAUUGGCGUCUUGUGGGUAAAGGACCAGGCAGGAUGCUGCUAAACUUGGUACACUGCACAAUUCAAUUCACAACAACAAUUAUACAGCAUGAAAUAUCCAUGGCGGUAAGGUUAAGAAUCCCGAUCUCUGGAUACGUAUUUUAGAACAAACCUGCAUGAGUCUCUCUUGGUACCUAGGAUGAAUCUAGCAUAAAGAGUUCAUUCUAGCCUUCUUCUUUUGCUUUGUUGUAGUUCCCAUAAUCCGCAAUAUGCUUACUAUUUGCUCAGUCACAGUAUACAGGAUAAAUAGAUUCAAAAUUGUUGAUCCAAACCCUGUUUUAAUCUCUCUGUCUCUAAAGACUGGCAGAUCUGAGUGUUUCCUCUAUUCUUCUUAUUUUUAUGUGUAUUGAUAUUUUUGGUUUUGGAGGUUUUUUGUUGUCGUCGUUGUUGUUUUAUUUGCUUGCAUGUAUAUAUGUGCACCAAAUGCAUUCCUGGUGUCUCCAAUGCCAGAAGAGGGCAUCAGAUCUCCUGGGACUGGAAUUGCAAACAGUUGUAAACUGCCACAUGGGUGCUGGAAAUUGAACCUCUGAAAGACAACAAGAAUUCUUAGCCAUUUAUCCAA